AUGGCAGCAUCACGGGCUACAACCAAAGUCAUAGUGGUCGGCGGUGGCGGCACCAUUGGCUCGUCAACUGCACUGCAUCUCAUCAGAUUCGGCUACGCCCCGGCAAACAUCAUUGUUCUGGACACAUUCCAGAUCCCGUCCGCACAGUCGGCCGGCAAUGACCUGAACAAGAUCAUGGGUGUGCGCUUGCGCAGCAAAGUCGAUACGCAGAUCAGUUUAGAGGCAAGGCAGAUGUGGAGGGAAGAUGAGCUAUUCAAGCCAUUCUUCCACAACGUUGGCAGAAUAGACUGCGAGAGCUCAGAGCAAGGUGUCGCUGCACUGCGCCAAGAAUACCAAGCAAUCCUUGACGCUGGUGCUGGUCUCGAAACAACCCACGAGUGGCUAGACAGUGAAGAUGAGAUCCUGAAGAAAAUGCCUCUCCUGCAGAGAGAUCAGAUUGAGGGGUGGAAAGCGAUAUGGAGCCAGGACGGAGGCUGGCUCGCUGCAGCAAAGGCUAUUAAUGCCAUUGGGGAGUUUUUAAGAGAACAAGGAGUGAACUUUGGUUUUGGCAGUGCCGGGUCAUUCAAGCAGCCUUUACUGGAUGUUGAUGGGUCAACCUGCGUUGGUGUCGAGACUGUAGAUGGGACCAAGUAUUAUGCUGACAAGGUCGUUCUGGCUGCCGGUGCUUGGAGUCCAGCACUCGCGUGGGUAUAUGCGCACAUUCAGCUUUCGCCCGAAGAAGCUGCGGAGUACAAAGGUGUGCCAGUGGUAUACAAUGGCGAUAUUGGAUUUUUCUUUGAGCCUAACGAACACGGUGUAAUCAAGGUCUGCGAUGAGUUUCCUGGGUUUUCCCGAUUUAAACAGCACCAGCCAUUUGGCUCCUCAGCCCCAAAGCCUGUAUCUAUACCUCGGUCACAUGCCAAACACCCUACGGACACCUACCCAGAUGCGUCUGAAGUCACGAUACGACAGGCCAUCUCGACAUAUCUGCCUCGCUUUGAGAAGAGAGAGCUUUUUAACAGGGCGAUGUGUUGGUGUACAGACACGGCGGACUCACAGUUGCUCAUCUGUGAACACCCAAAAUGGAAGAAUUUCAUUCUCGCAACAGGAGACAGCGGACAUUCCUUCAAAAUCCUGCCCAUAAUCGGCAAACAUGUUGUUGAGCUUAUCGAAGGAUCACUUUCAGACGACCUUACCCAUGCAUGGAGAUGGAGGCCAGGAGGCGACGCCCAGAAGUCCACACGUGCUGCACCGCCAAAAGACCUUGCCGACAUGCCAGGUUGGAGACAUGACACGAAACUGUAA